AUGUCCGAGAAACGCAACCUUGACUACGAGAAAGACGAAAGAGUACUAUGCUAUCAUGGUCCUUUGCUCUACGAGGCCAAGAUUGUCCGAGUGGAGUCAAAAGACGAUCGACCCAUGUACUUUGUUCAUUACAAGGGCUGGAAGCAGACGUGGGAUGAACUUGUGCCUGACGACCGCCUGUUAAAGUGGAACGACACCAAUCUUCAAAAGCAACAACAACUACGAGACAUGCACAUUAGGCGAAAAACACCACGAUCUUCCUCCAGUCGAGCCUCCUCUACCCAUGACACACCUUCUGAACCACGUGGCAGGAAACGACAACGCGAUGCUACUACUGAUAAGCCUCGAACGGACGACGAUAGCAUAUGGAGACAAGAAUUUGGUAUGGUGAUCCCAGAGUCACUCAAGGGACGAUUGGUGGAUGAUUGGGAAAACGUGACCAAGAAUGACCAGCUUCUUCAACUACCGCGUAAUCCCUGUAUCACCGAGAUCUUGAACCAAUACCGUGAAUCUGCCAAAGGACGAUCCAACCUUGAUGUGGAAACGUUGGAUCAGGUGAUUGAAGGUGUCCAGCUUUAUUUCACAAAGUCUCUCAGUACAUCCCUGCUUUAUCACGUUGAGCGAAAACAACAUGCGGAUCUCUCCAUGGGUGAAAAGUCCGUUUGCGACAUUUAUGGCAUUGAGCACCUAUUACGAUUGUUUGUCCAAAUACCAUCGCUCAUAAGCCAUGCUAAUGUGGAUCCGGAAACAUUGAAUCUAUUACGGGAUGCGUUUUCUGAUAUCUUAAGGUUUCUGGAAGAGCAUGAAAAAGAAUACUUUGCAUAA